UUUCAGACAUCAGGAAGAAGCAAUAAGACAAUAUAUGGUUGAACUGAGAUGGGUUUUUGAGAAAGGCAUUAAAGCAAAGAGAGAAACUUGGGAUGAAAGUCGCAAAACAUUGCAAGCUAUUUCAAAUCAAGUGGUUGAACAAGUGCAUCAACCUAGAUCAGAAGUACCAUUGCCGGCCCAGACAGUAGAUCCUCACAGGCAGAUCCAGAAUCCACCUGCUCUAGCACUCAGGUGGCAAGUUAAUCUGCUACAACCACCUUCACAAAAUCAAUCGGCAGUUGGUGGGCCAAUGCAGCCAGAACCAGUAGAGAUUGCACCACGUGUGGCAGAUUUAGGAAAUCAACAACAACUCCUUAUCAAGGAUAGAAAUUGGUCAUACUCCAAGCGUAGACUUACAAUUGAUGACUUGAGAUGGGUCAUUAAGGAAGUCAAAACUUGCAAAGAUCAGGUUAGAUCAGAUCCUCCACGAAGAAGAAGGCACGGAGGGCAUGAUCUGAAGCAAUGGAAAACUGGUCAAAGUCAGAAGUUUGGCUAUGAAGGAUGUUUCAGAAUGCGCUUACAAUGCAGGAGAGCAAAAGAGAGGUGCCAGCAGCAGAUGGAGAACUCGGAGGGCAUGACAGAUCUGGCUCAGCUGCUCCCAGUGAGAAUGAAAUCUUUUUGGAUUCUGAAAGUCAAAAAUAGGGGAUCAAGUCAAACGUCACUAGAAGAUGAAAAACAACCUAGAAGUCCAACUUCUCCUCAAGUUCUGACUGUGGAGACAAAAAAAGAAACUGGCUUGAAAGCAACGUUUAAGGUGGCAGAAGAAAUGGAGAAUUUAGCUAAGCAGGAAACCAUCCAAUUUGAUCUGAUGGAGACAGAAGUGACGAUCAGUGACUUCAUUAGAGGAGUAAAUUGUUCAAGGGGAAUUUCGUCAGUGGAGCUCACUGUGAGAAAUAGAACUUUCAUAACUGAAGUUGUGAAAGCUAAUGACAAACCUUUUGUGGCUAACACCAAUUCGGUGGAAACUCAUUACUAUGACGAAGAAAUUGGGACCAUUCGCUUCUUUGGGAUGGACUGUAAUGGCAAACCAGCUAGAAUUACUGUUAGUACCAGAUCAACACUAGAUCAGCACUCACUAGUCGCACAGUGAAGAAGGUUUGUGAUGAACUCCUUCGGCCUACAGUAAUUGUUCCUUUUAAGUCGAGGGAGAAGCCAGAAAUUGAAGAAAUUUCAUGAAGAGAC